UGCUCAUUCAAGCCAAGCCUGCGCGGGAACCCUAGAAACUGCUCGCCGCCGCCUCCCCCCCCGCUCCAUAAUUGGUUUGAUAAGGAUGGCGGCCAGCCAAAGUAUUUACAUGAGCGCGAGUGGCAGGCGGGGGAGCCAAUGGGGAAGCCCAGGACUGCAUUCGGACUAGCGGGGGGGCGGGCUGGAAGAAACAAUGCUUGUUUCAUUGCUAGUUUCUUUCCCCCCCUCCUUUCUCUCCCCCUCCCGCACCUUUUUUUUUUACAGCCUCGGAGAGAAACUUGAAAGGGGGGGGGGGCUUGUGUAAUGUACCUUUUCCAACGCUGAGUGUAUAUGGAGAUUCUGAAGGAUUACCAGCAGGAGCAAAGGCGCGCUUCGGAGUGGAUGCAAACGGAGCCUCUCGCAAGGGGCCCGGAACUCUGGAUUUUUCCCCGGCAGCUUGGAGUUCCACCGCCUUCCCGGCGCUGGGUGUUCUUUCGGCGCGGAGAGAGGGCACCCGUGGACGACCCCCACUAGCGAACCGUUUGGGGAGAUCCCAACGAGCCAGGAAAGGAGGCGAAAAGUAGCAAGAAACCCAGCCGGCCAAGCGGAUUUAAUUUUUGCGCGCCGGGGCGACAGCAAGAAGCGGGCGUCGGGGGUGGUUUCGGUUGCCCCCUUUUGCGGAUGGUGGCGGAGGAAACGGAUCCCAGCCGGCCAGAGAUCACCCUCCGGAAAAUGCCGAAGAGGAUCGGUCUCGCAAGGCAGUGAGGGGAUCCCUUAAGCGAAGGCUCCUCGGCUGGAACAGGCAACCGCGCGCCUUCGGACCCCAGGAUGAUGGACCCGCGAUCCCCGCUGGCGCGCUCCGGAGGCCGACGCCUUUGAGGCUGGGGCCGGCCCGAGGAAGAGGAGGGCGGCGGCGGGGGCGGCGAUCGGCCAGCGGAGGAUGGACGGAAGAGACCUGGGGGCUCCCCGCGCCGUCCACGUCCCCCCGCCGCUGCUCUCCGGGCUGGCCAUGGAGAGCCACCACCACGUCGCCGCCGCCGCCGCUGCCGCCGCCGCUGGAGCUGCGCGCCUGGCGCCCUUGGCGACGCCGCUGCCGCCCGGCAAGUACCUCGCCUCCGGCCUCGGUCUCCAUUCCCACCCGGGUUUCUCCCACCUGCCAAGUGGUCUGUAUCCCUCAUACAUUCCUCUGAGUCACCUGGAACCCCACAACAGCGGGAAUCCAUUACUUGCUCAGCUGAGUCAGCACAGCCUCUUCGAGUCCCCUAAAGAUGGAUUUUACCUUGCUGGGCACGCAGGACAGGCUGCCUUGCACCCCCAAGCCCCCCACUCAAGGGCAGCACCCAACCACGCUUCUAGCGCCCUGCUCCAUGAAAAGGACUUUGGGCACCUGCACAGGACCUCCAAGGAGGGCCCGAAGGACCUCGGUGGGAAGGAACGGUCUUGCCGAAGCGACCUCCCCUUGCCUCUGGCCAAGAAGGAGGCCAAGCUGCGUGAGGAGGCCCGGCCUCACAGCGUGGUGGACCUUACCCAGGACACUAAGCCUGACAGCGAGAGAAAAGCGAAUGGUUUCGAAAAGGCCAUUAAGGCUGGGGAGCGGCUGUCCCCUUUCCUUGCGGAACACUUUCCCAACCGGGGAGUCUUCGGCGGAGAACCAAAGUCUCAGAACCCCCUUCAGACAUCUUCGCUCAGCAACUGCAAUGGGGGAGGAAGUGCCCAGGGUUCCGAGCUGGACCGCUGCGCCAAGGACCUCAGCAGACACGAUGAGAACGUGCGGCCUUCUCCUUACAUGUACUCCGACCGGCUGAAGAAAGUAGAUUCCGCGAUGGGCUCGGUGGCCGCUCUGCACGUGGCCUGCAGUUGUUCCUCUCCAGCUCAGCCAGGGAAACUCCCCCCGCCCUCGGCAUUCCCUCCCCAGCCUGUCCACCCCAAUAUGUACACUAUCUUCCCUUUGACCAAGGAGCCUGGGAGGGAGCACAAGGUCAUUGCCCCAACCUUUGUGCCUUCUGUUGAGGCUUACGAUGAGAGGAAUGGCCCCAUUCAAAUUGCCUCCCAGGCCCGGGACAACACCAAAACGAAGGAGAAGGAUGGUCCUGCUGCCACCAGAGUGGGUGUCCUGCAGGCGGUCCCGGAGAGGUGUCUGGUUGAUGCUUCUCGCAACCUUUUGCCCCAGGAGUUCCCCAUCCACGGAGAUGCCAAGCGGAUGGAAGCCCUCAGGGAGAAAGGUUCGGUGAUCAGGACCAACUCCAUGGCCUUGAAGAAACAGGGGGCUUCAGAAACCUUCUUGAGCAGGCCAAGGUUGAGCUCCCCAGAAAACAGGGAGUUCCUCACUUCAAAAGACUUGCCCAAAGCAGGCCUGGAGGCAGAACACCGCUCCUGCGAGCGGGACCGUUUUCAAAGACCUGGCUGCAAAGAAGCAGUGAAGAUCUAUGGCACUUUGGACACCUCCUCCUCUUCCUCUUCCUCCUCCUCUUCCUCCCGGCAGCAUUUAGAUCCCAACCAACAACUGAACCCUCCUGAACAAAAGUGGAAGCCUUUUGAAAUGGGCAACUUCGCCACAACCCAGAUGGCUGUCCUCGCUGCCCAACACAACCAUGCCAACCGGGUGGAGGAGGAAGCUAAGAAGACCUACCUUGAGCCUAGCAGCCUACAGAGGUCCUCAGUGGUGGGACCCCGCAGCGUGGCGGACAGCCUCCACCCUCCCUCGCAUGGUGAAGGAUCUGCCAUGCAAAGUCUCAUCAAGUACAGCGGUAGCUUUGCCAAGGAGGCAUCGGCCCGGCAGGGGGGUGGCAAGAAGAGCCCUUUUGGGGGCCUCGGCAACAUGAAGCUUGACCCUGGCCAACAGGGCAAGCAGCUGAAGAAGGAACCAGAGCGGCCUGAAAGUGCCAAGUCCUUUGGACGGGAGAGCAUUGGGUCUCAAGGGGAGGUGGAGGUUAGACAUCUACCUGUUGGCAUCGCGGUGGCGGUGGCCCGGCAAAAGGACAACAGCAGUGGCAGCAAGCUGGGGCUCAUGGACCGUGAUCGCUCCCUCUCCCUGAGUAAUGUUAAAGGACAUGGACGGUCAGAUGAGGACUGUGGGGAUGACCGGCCUCGCCUUCGAGAAAGCCACCUCCUGGCCAGUCGUCUGGAACGAGACCAGGAGAAACUUCUCAGAGAAAGCAAAGAACUGGCUGAUUUUGCUCGGAUACAUCCGGCCACCUGUGCUACAAAUGGCUUAAACUCCAACCUCAUGGUGACUGGGGGGCCACCCCUGACAGGUUCAGGGCGGUGGUCUGGUGACCCAGCACCACACCUGGCAACCCAUCCGUGGUUACCCAGAAGCAGCAGUUCGUCCAUGUGGCUUACUGGCCACCCCUAUGGGCACCCUUCUUUGCACCAAGGCAUGGCUCCUGGCUUUCCUUCCAGCAUGGGGGGAGCACUCCCUUCUGCAUACCAGUUUGCCAGAGAUCCUCAGUCUGGCCAGCUUGUCAUGAUCCCCAGUGAACACCUGACACACUUUGCAGAGCUGAUGGAUCGUGCGCCUUCUCUCUGGCCUGCCAUGUAUUCUCCUACCCGGGGCUCCCUCCAGCACGCUCAUCAACUCCAGCUCUUAUCUCACCAGCAGCUGAUUCGUCAGCAUGAGUUAUACCUCCUGCAGCAACAAGCUGCCCACGCCCAGUUGGUGGAGAGGCUAAAAGCCAGCGAGCAGCGGGCAGAGAUGGAAGAGAAGAUAUCUAAGCGGAGCCUGGACAGUGCCAAAUCAGGUCUCCCAAGCUCUGGCUCAAGCCUCCUGCACCGGAAGCCCCCAGUUUUGUCUCCAAGCACUUCUGCACCCUACAACAAGGCGGUCAGUCCCCCUCCCCUGUCACCCAGAUCCUCCUCCGUGUCGGUGCUCAAAGCUGAGGUUAUUCAAAAGCUGGAGGAACCACCAAGCCAGCCGGCCUAUUCCUAUCCCACUACUCCUAUCACUCAUCCUUCUAGUCCACCUCCUGCUUCUCCACCUCCUGCCCCUGCACUUCCUCCAAAAGAAGAGGAGGAAGCUGAGAACAUGGAGAAGAAAGAGCUGGAGCUGGAAAAAGAGACCUCUGCUUCAUACCAGACUUUGUUUCCAGAGAUUCCAUCAGGCUAUCCAUUCCAGUCCCUUCCAGGCUCCUUCAGAAGACACUAUCCUUACCUCCUCCAGCCAACAGCUGCAUCGGAUGCAGAUGAGUUGGGCCCUGACGUCCCUCUGCCUACCAGCAAUGCCGAGCGCUUGACUCUUUCUCCAGAGGUGAAGCCCAUUCAUCUUUCCCCAUCCAAAAUCAUCAAACCCAUCCAGGCUGUGGAGGAAGAAGAAGAAGGAUCAUUGGAAGAGCGGGUGAAAACGGAGGUGGAGAUGAACAACAGGCAGGAGGAUGACAUCUGCGAACAGGAUAUGGAGGCCCUGGAUAUGGCGACCUCUGUUGCCCUCCCUGUUCAGGACACGGACGAUUGUGGUCUUCAGUUGCACCACGGCAAACCCCUCAGGAGUUCAGACCAUGAGGAAGUUAUAGAGGAUUGCCAAGCUGCCUACCCAGGGAUGUCCUGCUCGAUGGACAUGGAAGCUCAAGCAGAAGAGACUGAUGAUGGUGAAACGUGCCCCGUUCAUGCUGACUAUGGUGGGAGUUUGUUACAGAGGGACACUGAACAGUCUGAAAUGGGACUGGUCCCUCAGUCAGAGAAGUCACCUCUGGCUGUAGAAAUGCCGCUCGUUGGUUCUCCCCCAAACAGGGAAUUUCCCAGCAUGCUUCAGGAAGAGGAGGAACCCAUGGUAGAAGCACCCUGCUACAGGGAUGAGAUAUUUUCCUGCCCAGUCCCACCUCUGGAUAUCAAAAUCGAUGACCCUUUGGCGGGCAUGAAUGCCUUAGCAGCAGCGGCUGAAUUGACCCAAGCGUGUUCCUUGCUCACGAACAGCGAUGGCGUCACCCAGGAGGCAGUGGUGAACUUGGAAGUCUCUUCCAGCCUGUCGCCAGAACACACCUUUCUGCAUGGAAUUACCCUCCUGAGCGAAAUUGCAGAACUCGAGCUGGAGAAAAGGAGGCAGGAAAUCGAAGGUCCAGAGAACUUCUCAGCCCAUCCAGCCUUGGAAAGCCUGUUAGCUGCCGGUACCCAGAUGCUGAUGGAAGUUCUGUCAACCCCCUUCAUGGAUAGCCUGAAAAACAUUCGGCUGCCUCGAGAACUGAACCCCAAUAAGAAAUACAGCUGGAUGCAAAAGAAAGAUGAGCCGAUGUAUUCCAUAAAGUCGUCCAUUGGGAACAUGGAUGCCAUGGAGCUGGACUACAGGAUGAAGUUAGCUGAGCUGCAGAGGAGGUACAAGGAAAAGCAGAGGGAACUAGCAAAGCUGCAACGGCGGAGAGACUCUGAGGAAAAGCAUGACGAGAAAAGUAGAAGCUUGGCAAAACGAGGUCCAGGAAGGCCCAGAAAACGGAACCAUGGAUCAAGCGCUCUGUCGCCCCCUAAGGAGCGAGGGAAGAGUGACGGCAGGAGUGGAAAGCUGAGCAAAUCCUUGCUGCUUUCUGAAGACUCAGAAAUGGGUGAAGGGAUGGAAGAAAAGCACCGAGGACUUCUCCUGGAUGAGGAAGAGGAGGGAGAGAACAGGAGUGGGAAGACGAAGACCAGGCAUCGGAGUUGGGAUGAGCAAGAUCUCUUGAUGAACUUCUCCAAUGAGCUCAAGAUUAAGAAGAAGAAGGUGGCAUCUGAUCAGGAACAACUGGUGAGCAAGCUUGACAAAGCUCUGUCACUCACCAGGCGCAGCAAGCUGAAAUCCCCUUUCAAGUUUGUGGAUGACUCUGGAGGGAGGCAGAAAAAUGGCAGCUGUUACAGCAACCGGUAUCUGCCCCCCCGGGGUGCCUUGUUUGGCAAGGAUGCAAAGAAGAACUUGGCUAAAAGCCUGAGCUUCUCCUUGAAAGCCUCUAAAGAAGGUAAAAACAAAAUGGCUGUCAAAAUGAAGAAGUUAGAGGUGGGGCUGAAAAUGAAGGGCCACCUGAAGGUUUCCAAUUCACCAGCAAUAUCUGAAGUUAGCAGUUAUUCCUACAAUACAGAUUCUGAGGAAGAUGAGGAAUUCCUGAAGGAUGAGUGGCCUUCUCAUUGCCCGACCGGUGCCAGGAUGAGACCCUCCAGCCUCUAUAGUGUAAUGGCCCCUAAAUGCAGCAGGAUCUCUGGCAUCUUCAAAGCUGGAAAGAAGAACAUCUCCACAACGAGGACUCUCAAAUCUAAAUUGGCUGCAAACAGAAAGCAGGAAUUUUGUUUGCUGCCCAGAGAGGCCAAAGCUGGAUCGUCUUACAGUGAUUCUUCGGAGGACUCAUUCGAUCAAGAUUCUAGUUCGGAGGAAGAGGCAGAGGAGGAGGAGGAGGAAGAAGAUAACAAAGAGGAAGAAGAAGAAGCAAUGGAAGGCUACGGAACAGUGGUCUGUGGCAAGCUUUCACCACCUGCUUUGGAUGAAAGUGGCUUGGGGCUCCUGGCCAGGUUUGCAGCCAGCGCUAUCCCAAGUCCCAUAAUUGUGCCUUCAGUGUCCAUUGUCCAACUGGAAGCCAAACAGAAAGCAAAGAAGAAGGAAGAGAGACAAAGCCUGAUGGGGACAGAGUUUGAAUAUACAGACUCAGAAAGUGACGUGAAGAUCCGGAAGAAAUCUCCAGCUGGUUUACUGCAUGGAAAGAAAGGAUCAAUAGAGCAAGGUCCAUCAUCGGCAAGCACCGUGGACACCUCCUCGGGCAACAAUUUGGACAAGACCAAGAUGGCCCCGGAGAAGAGCCGGAAGCUGAAGAAAUUCAGGUCACCUAAGGACCUGAGUUUUGAGUUUGGUCUGGAGGUGGGCGAUGAUGAUCCUUGGAAUCGCCGACGGAGUGAGCGGAUUUUCCUUCACGACGCUACCACAUCGGCCAGCUUGGCCACCACCACCCCAGCUAGCUCGACUCCUGUUUCCAAAAGUGGACGCUGCAUGAAGGGGACCCCUUUGAGCCCCAAGAAGGAAGGGAACAAGGGGAAGGAGAGGAAGGAAUUAAGCAAGAAGAAGAAAAAUAAAGAAGGGGCCUUCUGCCCUUCCACUGGAUCAUCUUCCUUCUCUUCUUCCUCCUCUUUGCUUUCUCCUCUGGGCAUUGCCAGCUCCCUGCCAGACAUCCGUGCCAGCUUAGCCAGCUCUCUGACUUCCAACAAGAAGAACAAGGGCAAAGCUAAGGCUAAGGAGACCAAGAAAGAGACCCGAGGGAAGGGAGGAGCCGUGAGCAAAUUGAUGGAAAGCAUGGCUGCUGAGGAGGACUUUGAACCCAACCAGGACAGCAGUUUCUCCGAGGAUGAGAACAUACCCCUGAACUUGCUUCUGGAAAGGCCACUUACUCCAGCUCCCCGUUCUUGCAUCAUCGACAAAGACGAACUGAAGGACGGCCUGCGAGUCCUUAUCCCCAUGGAUGACAAACUGCUCUACGCUGGGCAUGUCAAGACCGUUCAUUCGCCUGACAUAUACCGCGUUGUUGUAGAAGGAGAGCGAGGAAACCGCCCCCACAUUUACUGCUUGGAACAGCUGCUGCAGGAAGCAAUCAUCGAUGUGAAACCCCCUUCCGUGAGGUUCCUCCCAGAAGGAGCACGCAUUGCUGCCUAUUGGAGUCAACAGUACCGAUGCCUCUAUCCAGGGACAGUUGUCCGAGGUGUCCAUGAUCAAGAGGAAGAUGGCGAUUUGAUCACUGUGGAAUUUGAUGAUGGGGACACUGGGCGGAUUCCUUUAUCUCACAUCCGGCUUCUUCCCCCUGAUUACAAGAUCCAAUGUGCUGAGCCCUCUCCUGCACUCCUGGUGCCCAGCACAAGACGCCGCAGCCGUAAAUCCAGUAAGGACAUGGGAGAAGGAAAUGGGGUGGAAUCCGAGGAGCCAGGAGCCAAAGGCAAAGGUCGUGGAAGGAAACCAAACAAGAAACAGAAAACAGAAGAAAAUGUUCUGGCAGAUCAGACCAUCCAGGGGGAGAUGCUGGCAAACUCUUCUCUUGUGCCAGAACUGCCAGUUUGCAAACAAGCUGCCAAAACCUCCAAGAAGGUCCAGUCAGUCCCUUCUAGGACACCUCCGGCACCAGCAGAAGAAAAGCAUCACAGCAAAGGAGGCAAGGGAAAGAUUUCUGCCAAGGUCCAUAGCCCAGUCCCUGCCACCUUCCAGGCACCAGUAUUUGGCAACGUUCGUGGGAAUGAACCCUACACUGGAGCAUUUGGUCCUUCCAGUAGCUCCUCAGGGAAAGUCAAAUCAAAAAAAGGAAAAUCCACGGAGGAGACACAAGAAUUUGGAACCACUCCCAAAGCUCAGCGGAAGAUCCCGGACAGUGAGAUCCUGAUCAAGCUAGACCAUGAGGGGGUCAUGUCUCCCAAAACCAAGAAGACCAAAGAGGCAAUGAGGAUGCUGGGGGAGUCAAACCCGGCCAGUAGGAGAGAAGCCAAGAACAUCUUGGGACUCAGCUACAGUUCCAUUGCCUGCCCAAACCCCAAGCAGAAAUCCUCCCGAAGCAAGGUGGUGGAGGGGGAGCCUCCUACGCCUAAUUUUGGGGGUAAGUUUGAUAACGCUGGGGAUCCUCCACCUUCUUCUAAGGCUCAAGAAGACAAUGGGGAACUGGCCCCUGCACGGGACGAGUCGGAAAGUAACACUAGUGGCAGCAGCUCAGAAUCCGAAGGAGAAGAAGAGAGGGAGAAGAAUGGAGGUGGAGCUCAAGAUAGCAGCUCGGCCAGCUCAAGGGCAUCCACUCCAAUGUCCUCCUCAAACUCCUCCUCCUCUUCGUCCUCCAGCAGUAGUAGCUCCUCCUCUUCCUCUUCCUCUUCUUCUUCCUCCUCCUCCUCUUCCUCUUCCUCCUCUUCCUCCUCCUCCUCUUCCUCCUCUUCCUCCUCCUCGUCCUCCCCCACAACAGACGAAGACUCUUCCUGCAGCUCCGAAGACGAGGCAGCCGAGACCCAGCCUGGUGCCUCUUCUGCUCAGCCGACCAUCCCUCCCAAGCCCACCAAGGCCUCGGGGAAGUCACGAUCGUCUUCGCAUUCCCGAAAUCCGAAGCAACCGCAGCAACAGGCAGUGCAGAAGCAGCAACAGAGCGGGAACAGGAACCGGUGCAAGAAGCGGGAAGGAAUUCACUUGCCCACCACGAAGGAACUCGCCAAGCGCCAGAGGCUGCCUUCGGUGGAGAACCGCCCCAAGAUCGCUGCCUUUCUGCCCGCACGGCAACUUUGGAAGUGGUUUGGGAACCCUACCCAGAGACGUGGGAUGAAAGGAAAGGCACGGAAGCUCUUCUACAAGGCCAUCGUCCGCGGGAAGGAGAUCAUCCGCAUCGGGGACUGUGCCGUGUUUUUGUCAGCUGGGCGGCCCAACCUCCCUUAUAUUGGCCGAAUCCAGAGCAUGUGGGAAUCCUGGGGAAACAACAUGGUCGUCCGAGUGAAAUGGUUUUAUCAUCCUGAAGAAACCAACCCUGGGAAGAAGCUCAACGAAGGCAAGCGAUGGGAUCAGAAAUCUGCCCGGAGCUUAUCAGCGGCUCUUCAAGCUUCCAGCCAGAGAAAAGACUUCAUGGAGCGGGCCUUAUAUCAGUCCUCUCACGUGGAUGAAAACGACGUUCAGACAAUCUCGCACAAAUGUCUGGUGGUCGACUUGGAACAAUAUGAGCAGAUGCUCAAAACGAAGAAGUACCAAGACAGCGAAGAUUUAUACUACCUAGCAGGGACUUACGAGCCCACCACGGGCAUGAUAUUCAACACAGACGGGGUCCCAAUCAUUUGCUAAACCGCUUUGGGAAAGAAAACGUCGGAGGCAGCUCGCACCCUGCCUCUCUCGGAGGAAGAAAAAUUUGAGACGGAAUGGAAGUUAUGUGCCUGUUGAAACGACAGCAUGAUUGUGUAGUGCUCGGUCACAAUGUUUCCAAAACAAAACAAAACAAACAAACAAAAAAAGAGAGGAAAACCUGCAAGAGAUUUCUCCCCCGCCCACCAUCCCCAGGAGCUUCUUGAAUGUUAACUCAGAGCGAUGGAUUGGAUUUUGUGGCUCCUGGAAAGAAGGAAGUUGGGAUUUUAAAGAAAACUCAUCCCCACGUAGGCAGUGGGCUCAUUUCCUGCCCUUUGCAGUACGGUAUUGGACUUCAGGCAGCUCCAUCAUUAACCUUUGAGUCUGAACAUUCAUAGGUUAUUUCAAGAUGCCAAUGUUUGGGGGAAAUUGGCGUCCUUUAUCUUCAGGGUACCGGUUUUAUCUGCCCUCACCAACUGAAAACUCAACUUGUGGAAGAACACACGGUUGGUUUAGGGACAGUUUUGAGCAAAUGCCAGUCAUGAGGUGGAUCGGGCCCUUUCCCCCCCACUUCUCUAUCUCAAAAAACUGCUCUAGCAGAGGACUGGUGCGAAGAAACAACUGUGGAAGCCACGGCCAAUAAGAUAGUUGCUGGAGCAACAGUUGUCCACUUCCCGUUUGUGUUACAAGGACUAGAGCGGGUGGUCCAGAAACCCACCGCUGAAUUUCGUUUAUUCUUUUUUUUUUUUUUGCCACCCUCUCUCUCCAAACACUUGGAAUUAUGAAGGAGCCUCUUUCUCUCCUAAGGAAAUGCCGUUCCACGGAAAUACUUCCUCCCUCAUGUAAAGUGAAUGUAUGUUACUCCAGGUCCAGUUUGGAAAAAUGGCUCCUCGUCAAGAUGUUCAUAAAUAUUGGGGGGUGGGGGGGAUCUGUGUCUGAGAAAGUAGGCUUGUUGGAUUCCUUGCUACUUCCACCUCAAGAAGCAUUUUAAAUAGGUCGUGGACAUGGCCGGCCAGCCCAUGAAGACCACCGGGUGUUCAUUCGGAGCAAAAUGCUGAAGCUUGUCUCCUGCCUUCUUGCCAUCACCAAAACGCAGCACUUGCAGGAUGCACAUGAAAACUGUUGGCCGAUAGCGCUGGGAAGCACGCCUGGGUCUUACUGCAGAAUCACCCCCGUGGGCCUCCUCCCAGAUUUGCCAUUUCUCGAUCCUCCAGAAAUUGAGCUGCCAUUUCAUGCCCCAAGGGCGGUGAAACCUGAACGUUGCCCCCUGCCUAAUUUGAGCUGGCUGAAAAGCACUAAGAUCUGCCUGGGUGUGGAAUUGAUGCAAGGGCUUCAGCGGAGGCCAGAGCGGGACAAUUAGAAUAACAGUGUUUUUGCACUUAAAAAACAAAACAAAAACCAAACUCCUACACUACAUGAACAAAAACCCAAAAUUGUUUCUGAUACGGACAGAUGUACCAUUCCAAGCACUACGACGGGGAGAUAAUUCUACCUAACUUACACGGACAGAUUUUUCUUUUAUUUUUUGCUAUCUGCUAUGGUACAAAGUGAAUGCUACCCUUAAAAACUCCCUUUUAAGAACCACAAUUGGUGCUGUCCUGCGUUGCCUCCAGUCCACCGGCUCCCAGCUUUGAAGCCUUGGCUGGGCAACCUUUCUCAAUGGACGACGCCCGGCCUGUACAGUUUUCAUACGCCCGAAGACUCCCUGGAGCCCUUUUCCACAAUGUAUUGUAAAAACCUCUUUAAGAAAACAAAAACGGAGGAGGGGAAAGAAGA